AUGCCAAAAUGGAGUGCCAAUCUUAAUCACUUAGCUUAUGCAGAUGACACCAUAGAUUUUGCUUCAGCUGAUGCAAAAUCAUUGGAGCUAAUUAUGGAUACUUUGAAGGCUUAUGAAUACAGCUCUGGUCAGUUGAUUAAUAAGAGAAAAAGUUCUUUCUACAUGCAUUCUAAGGUCUCCAAUGUAUUAGUGCAGCAAGUUGAGCAGCUCGCUAGUUUUAAAAGAGGAAACUUUCCUUUUACUUACUUAGGCUGCCCAAUAACUCAUGCAAGGAAAAGGAAAGUUGAUUAUACAGACCUUAUUAAGAGGAUUAGAGACAAAUUACAAACCUGGAAAAGUAAGCUUCUUUCACCAGGAGGCAAGGCAGUAUUAAUCAAGAGUGUGUGUCAGAGUGUUCCUAUCGAUAUUAUAUCAGCUAUAAGGCCUCCAAAGUGUGUGAUCAAGGAGAUUCAAUAG